AUGGAGGCACACCUGGAUGAUGAGUGGGGCGACAAAGCGCAGUCCCUCCGGACGCUUGGCCGUGUGAGGCCUGGCCUUUUUGUGUCCUACCUGAGCUUUCAGUGGUUCAUGAAGAAGCUGCCGAACGCCACGAGCAAGCCCCCGGCCAGGGACAGCCACCUCCGGGACAUGCCGCGCGCAGGCUUUGUGUGCUGGAGUGACACCUUCAAGAAGGAGGAUUGCUGUGAUGAGGCACGCUUCGGUGCAGGGGGCAAUGCGGGUUGCUGGGACAUGGUUUACACUUUCCGUCGCUGCUGCAAAUAA